AUGGGAACGUACCGUCUGUCGUUGAGCAACAUGACACGGGGCGUGGUGCAUGACGACUGGUACCUGCUGGACCACUCCAAGACAAACGCGGAGUUGCACUUGCGUACCUUGGCGUGCGACUUUGGCAGCAACCCAAAACCGAGUGACGCGUGGAAGGUCACCGAGGACAUUGCUGAUGACCCGGCGCUGGGAGCCGGCAAGAAGCCGCCGUUUGUGGCCGCCCCUGUGACAAUUUCCAGCAACGUGAACAACACACCGUUGAAUCCAAACAUUGGCCCUGCUGUCGUUCCUGCCGUGGUUUUAGCGCAGUCGCAGCCACCCCCACCGGCGCCUGGCUAUCCCCAACAGCAGCCCAUGUAUUACCCCCUCGCCCCGCCCGCUUCACCCGCUCAGCCAAUGUACUAUCCACCACCGCCACAGUCCUACCCACCGCAGGCGUACCCACCACAAUACCCGCCUCAACAGUACCCGCAGCCUACAGUAGCGUACGCCGGUGCGAUGCCAUCCAAACCGAGUUAUCCGAUGGACCCAAGGGAUCCCAACUUUCGUUACUGA